UCUUUCAACAGCAGCAACAGUUAGUCAGACACCUCGGUAGCUUGCUAGACAAAAUAGACGAACCAAUAAAGCUCUUUAGACGCUUUAUUAUAUAUUAGCCACUGUGUUUUAAACCCACUAUUGUCGUCUAGUUAGUAAUCCGAUUUAUUUUCAUAUUUACGGUGUUGUUAUUAGUCAGUUAGCCGACUGGUUUAGUUAGCAUUAGCCUAGCUAGCUAAUAUCUCCGACCAUGAGUUCACUAUGUUACUCUUUUCCUGCUAAAGAAGGGGAGGUCUGCUGGACGGAGAAAGAAGCUCCCGUGAAAGAGGAGGACGAAGAGGUGGAUAUCUCAGUAAAACAAGAAGUAGAGGAUGAGGCCGUUACUGUGAAAGAAGAGGAAGACGCGUUCAGAGUGAAAGAGGAGGAGGAUGCAGUUUAUGGAGUGAAAGAGGAGGAGGAAACUGGAUAUCUGGGCCCGGUUUCUCAAACGCAUCUUAAUAAGGCAUCCAGUGGUUCUAACGAUGAAUUUAGCCAUAAGAUGGUUUUGAGAAACCGUUCCCUGAUUAACACUAGAGAGAGACGUGACUAUCGUGGAUCCUCUGGGGUACCUCAACAACCUCAUGAUAAUGACGAGGCAGAGAAGAGUCUCUCCAGAUCAGAACUCCUCAAGAAACACCUGCAGAGACCCACAGGGAAGAUAAUUCACCGCUCUGACUGUGGGAAGAGAUUCACCUCAUCAGCAGGCAUUAGAAUUCAGCAGAGAAUCCACACAGUAGAGAAAUCUUAUUGCUGUACUCAAUGUGGGAAGAGUUUUAAAACAUCUAGCCAUCUUAUUGUACACCAGAGAAUACACACAGGAGAGAAAUCUUAUAGCUGUGAUCAAUGUGGGAAGAGUUUUAUUCAGCUAAGCAACCUGAUACCACACCAGAGAAUACACACAGGAGAGAAACGUUAUAGCUGUGUUCAAUGUGGGAAGACUUUUACUCACGUAAGCACCCUGAUAUCACACCGGAGAAUACACACAGGAGAGAAACCUUAUAUCUGUGAUGAAUGUGGGAAGAGUUUUGCUAGGUCGAGCCAUCUGACUCUUCACCAGAGAACACACACAGGAGAGAAACCUUAUAGCUGUACUCAAUGUGGGAAGAGUUUUACUCAUUCAACCAGCCUGAUAUUACACCAGAGAACACACACAGGAGAGAAACCUUACAUCUGUGAUCAAUGUGGGAAGUGUUUUACUCAGCUAAGCAGCCUGACAUCACACCAGAGAACACACACAGGAGAGAAACCAUAUAGCUGUGAUGAAUGUAGGAAGAGUUUUACUGAGUUGAGCAGUCUGACUGUACACCAGAGAAUACACACAGGAGAGAAACCCUUUAGCUGUACUCAAUGUGGGAAGUUUUUUUUUACAUCUAGCCAUCUGAAGAUACACCAUAGAAGACACACAGGAGAUAAAUCUUAUAGCUGUACUGUAUGUGGGAAGAGUUUUGUUCAAUCUGGGGGACUGAAGGUACACCAGAGAACACACACAGGAGAGAAACCAUAUAGCUGUAAUCAAUGUGGGAAGAGUUUUGUUCGAUCUGGGGAACUGAAUAUACAUCAGAGAACACACACAGGAGAGAAACCCUAUAGCUGUACUCAAUGUGGGAAGAGUUUUGUUCAAUCUAACCAACUGAAGAUACACCAGAGAACACACACAGGAGAGAAACCUUAUAGCUGUGAUCAAUGUGACCAGAGAUACUCUGAUAAAAGAUAUCUGAUUAAACAUCAGAAAAUACAUGCAUGAAGGAGUUUUUUUCAUGAUAUCAAACAUUGUAGAAGGAGUAUUUUAAUGUCACAAUGUAGAAUGUUUUAACAUUGUCAGAGUAUUUGGUUGCUGAUUGUCUCAAGGGUGGGCAGUCAAAAAGUUUUGUGUUUAGCCAGUGCAUCACUAUUUAUUUUGACUGCAAGUUUUUCCGUAUUGGAGAUUGAGUUUUGUUUGGGCUCCUUCCAAGGGGACGAGAGUUCUAGAAGCAAUUGGAGUUUUAGGAAGACGAGAGUUCUAAGAAGCUAGUGAUUUUUAGGAUUCUAUAGAAAGAAAAAGAAAAGAUACGAUUGUAUAUUAUUAUUUAGAAAUACAUGGUUUUUCUUGUUUUUAAUUGUUGACAGCCAGUAGAAACCAUAUUUAUAUUGUAGGAGGUGAAACAUUGUAGUUGGAUAUAAUGUGAAAUGGAAGUUCUGUUGGUGGUGCAAACAUUUCCAACAACUGUUAUAGGAUAUAUUUGUUGUCUUAAGGGGGGAAAGUGUUACUGGCUUUGGUUUUUCCAUUUAUGUUUUGAGGUUGGAUUUCAGCACGUCUAGCUUGUUAGUACGUGUAGCUUGUUAGCACGUAGGGCGCACUGAUUUGUGUCACCUCGUUUAUUAGUUAUUUUGUUUGCCUCUUGGGCCGAUUUAGUGGGUCUCAUCUCAUGGUGGGUGACUUUUAUGUCCCAGUUGUUGUUACUAGUCAGUGGACACUGAGAGCAAAAUUGCAAGAUUAUUUUAUAAUACUUUUAUUGCAUCAAAUGGUUGUUUUAUGCAACAUAAUAGAGGGUUCUUAGAACUAUAGUGUCUGUGUGUUCUACCGAUGAUAGGCCUCUGGGAGAAAACAAUGACAGGAGAUUUACAAUGUAUUUUGGGUGAUAUAACCUAAAGUGACCGCAUUCCAGAGCAUGAGUUAAUGUUUCUGUUGUCUAUGGUACCAGGGAGAGAUGACCCCAGGGCCAGAUCCUGGUCUCAACACAGAGUUUUUACUUUUUUUAAGUAGAUACUGUCUGCUGAGAAUUAUAACUAUCUUUGAUAGAAAUCUAAACCUUGUGACCCGUUCUAUACAUCUCAUGUAAGUUGAAAGGGGUGUAUCUUGGCUGUAAAAGACCUUUGUACUUUUGUAUCGUGGCUCUCAAUUAAUCAUCUGGGGGUGAUUUGUCCACCAGCCAUCAUUAUCGUAGAGCACUCAAUUGAUUCACUUUAUGUGUGUGUUGUAUUGACCUGCUCCCUUAUUAUUAAGCGAAUAAAGAUUUACAUUAAGAAUAA